CACGGAAAAAAGCCAAAGAUGUCGGCUCGGUCAUGUGAUCAGCUGUGUCCAAUCACAGCUGAUCACUUUCCGCAGAGGGGACAUGUACACUGGUCAUCAAGGCCCUGAUGAUCAGUGUAGCCCCAGCAGUGCCACCUGUCAGUGUCUAUCAGUGCCUUGUGUCAUUGCUCAUCAGUGCCUCGUGCCAGUGCGCAUCAGUGCCACAUCAUUGCCACAUAUCUGUGCCUACCAGUGCACAUCAAUGCCACAUAUCAGUGCCCAUCUGAGCAGCCUUUCAGUGUCACCCAUCAGUGCCAAUCAGUGCCACCUAUCAGUGCUGCCAAUCAGUGCCACCUAUCAGUGCUGCCAAUCAGUG